AUGGACACCGGUGUGAUUGAAGGAGGGCUCAAUGUCACACUAACCAUUAGACUACUUAUGCACGGAAAGGUGAGUGUGCACAGGAGAUGGACGAUAAGAGUUAUGACCAUUACACCAUGGUUGUUCCGUUCACACACCUCAUUCAUUACUGUGUAGUCAGCAUAAACCUCGUCACAAACCAGGCUUCCCUGAAAUGGAAAGCCUGGGGAAGUUCCGUUGCAGAAAUCAGCUAGAUGGGUGGGAACCCGGUGUAAAUCAGUGACUCCUCGCAACACGUCAAACCAAUCAAAUGCCUUGAUUGGACGGCGCUCCAAAGGUGCACACCAGAUUAGUGCCGUGGGCGCAACGGAGGAGCAACUGUACGUGAGGACUAAAAAUGUAAACAAAACAAGCACUGGUCCCAAAACAUUUUAGAAAGUUUGCAGCACGCUGGUUUUCACAGCAUUUCUCUGUUCUUUCGAGAUGACCUAAAGCUGCAACGAGGGGAGAAAUGGUCUACAAUGGGCAUAUCAAUAUAUUUACUUCGGACUUUUCUGAAGUGAUAUAUGGCUGUAAAGGCUAGCAUGAGGGACAAGAAGUAGCUGGCCACAAUGAGGUUAGUUUUGAGAAAAGUCGGCUAACCUUGUAAGCUACCUAGGUAUAACUAACUAGCUAGUUAAAUUUGUCUUAAGAUUAUAAAGCCAACAAUUGUUUUUAUAAAAACAGCAUAUUAUUGACCUGAAAGGUUAGUUGUGUUAGCCGAGUCGCUACCCAGGGACAGUGAUACAUAGAGCAGACCAUGGUUGCUCUAUCUAUGGGAACAACUGCAAUCAUUUUGUAAGCAACAUUGGUAAAAUGAAUUAAAUAAAAUGAACCACAUAUAAUGUUACCUAUAAUGCUCAUCUCCUGUAACCUAAUGGUCAUCUGCUUAUUUUCACAAUGGACCUAAAUUACAAGGGUUGGAUUUGCAAUAAACCAUUUUAUGUCAGCACUUAAUCCCUUAGAAUCGAUUGGAUGCGCCUCAAUCCGCCUAUUUCGCACUUCUGCAUCUGUGGUGGCAGAGCUACAGCGGCGUUUGUCAGACCAUGAGACCUGAAAAUCGGUCUUCUCACGUAGCGAACGAUUUCACCUAAAAACUAUUAUAACCACUCUAUGGCAAGGGGAGAUUCUCACUAACACGAUGGUGUCCCCACAAGUGUCAGGGGACUCGUCUGAAGUCGGUACCAUUGAUGCGCCAACUUCUGUUUGUAGCGUCCAAACCGUUUGGGCUACAAUCUAAUGUGACCCCACUGUGGAAAGGGAGAUUCUCACGAACAUGAUGGUGUUCUCCAUUUUGCAAGUGUCACAGGACUCGUCUGAAGGUAACCGGUACCAGUUCACAUUUUUAUGGAGGUAUGUGGGUAGAUUUGUGCCUACCCAAAAAAACAGGGUUAAAUAUGUGUUAAAAAUAGAUAUCUAUCUAGCCUGAGCAUUCUUAUAUCUCCCAUAUAUAGGACAGACACUUCAAACCCUUGCUUCUUAUGAUUUAUUUUCUAACCGUUUUUUUUUGCCAUUUAUGAAUGUGUUAUUCAAUGCAUUUCUCUGGGCUAUAGUAGUAAAGGCCAUAUGAAAUAUUUGAUCAAAUAUUUUUAAUAUAUUUUUUUAUUCAUUUGAGAAUACUGCACAGAAACACGGACACAUUACAGACCACCCCUUCCCCUCUUUAUUGCAGGAUUGUGACAUGUAAUUAAUCUACAUUGACACUAGUUAAUUUUGAAUAAUAGUUUAACAAUUAAAACAAGUUUAAACACUUCACUUCAAAGAAUCAACACUUCAAAAUGUACAAAUUAGGUAACUCGUAUGUAAAGAUUAGACAUCUUAGUCUAAACAACAUUAGAUAAUUGAGUAGUAACCAGUAGGCUAUUAUGACUAAAGCAUCAUUUCAGGUGAACAAAAACAAAUAAACUCCAUACCAGCGGUGGCCAAGCUUGCGCCACUGAUCCUUGAUCUACUGGGUGAGCAGACAUCUAUUCCAGCCCAGCAAUAGCACACUUGAUUAUCACCUAAUUAGAUUUGAUAAGUUGAGUCCGGUGUGUUAUUGCUGGGCUGGGCCCUGCACACCCGGCAUACUCCAAUUUGUAAUAGGUUUAUACAUUGUGUGUAAUGUUUAACAGUAUUUUUGUAUACAACAUUUGCUAACAUAGGUAGACCUACACAUAUAACCCAUGGCAUAUAGGAUAUACCUUUAGUCUCUUGGGACAUUCAUUGGGACCUCUCUCUUCAUCUGCAAACAGGCGUUUCACAGCUUUCCAUAUCUGAGGACAGAAAACAUUACAAAGAAACAGGCUUCAUUCUACUCAAAUUAGACAGCACUGAAUAUUAUGUUGCUAUUAUCUCUCUUUCCUCAAAGUUUUCCCCCCCUAGGCACUGGAACUAGAUAAUCUUUUCAUGUCUCCACAUAAUUACCUGUCCUAUCCAGAAGCCUAUGCUAUCCCUUUACUGACAGCUGGAGCUGCAAUUUCACCCUCUUCCAUGGCUGUUAUCUACAAAUGCAUUUGGAGACAGUUUUAAAUGUACAAUGAUUACAUCACGAUAGCUAGCUAAUAGGAUGUUAGCUAGCUGAUGACAGUUUAAUUCAUUUAGCUAAACACUGUGUAAAGUUAGCUAGCUAGCAGCUCAGUUGUGUUAGCCUACAAAGUGGCCUACUGUAGCUAGCUUAGCUAAAAAUACAUUGUGUAAAAAAAAAAACUACUACAUAUAUUUACUUGCUUGAAUAAGUGCAGCUGCCAUGUGGACGAAUGGAGACAAGGCAAAAAUUAUGUUUGUCACCAGAGCAGUUUAGAACGUGUUGUGACGUUUGAAUUUACCAGCGCAAUCCACUUGAAAUUUCAAUAAAUAUAAAUCGCAGACAGUCGGCCACACUUGAUAACUGGAAAACUAGCACUUGAAACUAGCAUAGGCAACAACUACCCGGACGGAGAACAGUGGUGCACAUAACACACAGCACCCCUUCUACGGGCGUGUGGAGGGAGGGUUCUUGAAAUGUAACAUCCAAUCAAAAUCCCAGCGGACCAUUCAAACCGUUUUUGCAAUAAAAAAUUAUCCAGACCUCCAACAGAGGCGUAACAACAACUUGCUUUUUGGAGGUAUGGCAAACAUUUCUAAACCUGUUUUUGCUUUGUCAUUAUGGGGUAUUGUGUGUAGAUUGUGGUCCUCUGUAGCUCAGCUGGUAGAGCACGGCGCUUGUAACGCCAAGGUAGUGGGUUCGAUCCCCGGGACCACCCAUACACAAAAAUGUAUGCACGCACGACUGUAAGUCGCUUUGGAUAAAAGCGUCUGCUAAAUGGCAUAUUAUUAGGUUGAUGAGGGGGGGAACAAACUAUUUAAUCCAUUUAAGAAUAAGGCUGUAUUGUAACAAACUGUGGAAAAAGUGAAGGGGUCUGAAUACUUUCCAAAUAAAAUGUACAUGGAUAACUUGCAUAUAAUAGAAAAUACUGCCAUAGACAGGUUUCUUUCAAUCUUGAGUAAAGCUUUUGUAAAGUGAAUAUAUAUAUAUAUUUUUAAGAUGGAUUAGUGAUUUAAUGUGUUGCUGCUUUUCUUGUCUGCAGGAGGUUGGAAGCAUUAUUGGCAAGGUGAGUGUGCCUUUUUCCUGAUGUUUCACUGUGUUCGGCACUUUUCAUUCAUGGCUGUGACUGUUGUGUAAACAUUGUGCUUCCUUUGCUUUAUCUGCAGAAAGGAGAGUCUGUGAAGAAGAUGAGAGAGGAGGUGAGUUGUCUGUCAUUGCAUGGAUGGAAGUAUUGAAAGUAGUUUGAGAGAAGUAUUCUAGACAUUUUCCAUUUCUGAUGACUCAUGCUUGAGGGUUGGCAGAUUGCAAUUUUAGAACCAAAAUCAGGCCAGCACUGACUAAUGAAGCAUUAACGACUGAAUUCGUAAAUGUGAUUAAAUAUAUUGUCUUAAUAUUUUAGCAUUGUCAUUAGCAAACAAGUUAAUAACAUGUUAUGUCCAUGUGACUGUUUGUCUUAUGCAGAGUGGCGCUCGUAUCAACAUCUCUGAGGGGAACUGCCCAGAGAGGAUCAUCACCCUGGCAGGCCCCACCACCGCCAUCUUUAAAGCCUUCUCCAUGAUCAUCGAGAAGCUGGAGGAGGUUCGUAUUACUCCUAACUACAGAUUUCAAACAAGCCAUAUAGAACACUUCAAUCAGGCUGUAAAAUAUUACUACGAAAUUGAAAUAAUAUUUUUACCGCACCCAUGAAAAAUACUGAAUUCUGGAGUAAGACAUUCAGAUUUUGCAUAGUAAAGAUCAUAAAAAAAAAUCUAUAAAGGCCUAGUCUUUGGACUGAAGCCAUCCUCAUCAGUGUCUCUUGUUUUCCGUUCGAUUCCCUACAGGACAUCAGCAGCUCAAUGACUAACAGCACGGCCACCAGCAAACCGCCAGUCACCCUGCGCAUCGUGGUGCCUGCCAGCCAGUGUGGUUCCCUCAUCGGCAAGGGCGGCUGCAAGAUCAAAGAGAUCAGAGAGGUACGUACAGUACACCCACACAAGUAUAUUAUUCUACUAAUUAUAAAUGAUCACCCCCCGGUCUCUGUAGAUGAACUGUGCCACCAGAUAUUCUAAAGAGAACUCUGAACACUAUUGUUGACCCUCCUGUCUGUCUCUCUCUCCAGUCGACAGGAGCUCAGGUACAGGUGGCAGGGGACAUGCUGCCUAACUCCACGGAGCGUGCCAUCACCAUUGCAGGGACCCCCCAGUCCAUCAUCGAGUGUGUCAAGCAGAUCUGCGUCGUCAUGCUCGAGGUAGUAGUAUAGGAACAAUGGCGCACUACCCCCUUUUUGUCUUGUAUUUUCUAUUUCAUCAGAGAUGUUGCUUAGCUUGCUGAUUGGUAUAUAAUUGUCCUACAUUGAAGUGUCUGCAAAAUAACUACUGUUGUUAUUUUCCAGUUCCUAAUGGUUGAUUUGUUUCUCUCUCUCCUCAGUCUCCGCCUAAGGGUGUAACCAUCCCUUACAGGCCCAAACCCUCAGGCUCUCCUGUCAUAUUUGCGGGUGGUCAGGUAAAUAAACCAACCUCAUUCAUCUGUAAUUCAUAUGUCAGCUGUUUUCUAAUUAAGUGUCCCUUUUUAAAAUGAUAGCAUUGUCAGUUGUUUAAGGGAAGUUUAAUAACACUGUCUGUUUCUACAUUGCUGUAGUGUAUUGUUCUGCAUUGUGCAGAUGUCAGCACCAUUGCCAAAUCCCCUCCAAUAGUUGUAGAGUAGCUGAGUUGUCAGAUGGGUUGAAUACCAGCUGGAGGGUGCAUAUGCGUCACCUAUAUGUCCAUAUCGUUGUUUGUGAGUGUGUUGAUGUCUGAAUUACCCCAUAGCGUUCUCAUUCCAGACAUCCAAGGACAUGGCUGCGUUUUGACAGGCAGCCCAAUUCUGAUCUUUCUUUCCAGUAAUUGGUCUUUCGACCAAUCACAUCAGAUCUUUUUCAGAGCUGAUCUGAUUGGUCAAAAUACCAAUUGAGUGCUAAAAAGAUAAUAAGUGGGCUGCCUGUCUAAAUGCAGCCAUAGGUCCCCAGGAUACUACAGCCUGUGAGUGUACUCUUUGUGCCCGUUUCCCGCGCACCCUCCUAAGUGCUGCUCUCUCAUUGCAGGCAUAUGCUGUUCAAGGACAGCACGCCAUUCCACAGCCUGACGUAAGUGAAGGUCAUUCUGUAAGUGAGCCCAUAUAUCUACACAUCAACCCUCCUGGGUAGUCAUGGCUACCCACCCUCUAUUACAUGCUGUACGUUUUGUUUUUCCCCCAACCACUCUAGUUCCAUUUUUAAGUUUCAAUCAAUAAAUGCAAUGCAGUGAUGCAUCGCUAAGGCCUACUGGUACUUUUAAACACAGUUUGAGUUCAAAUGAUUGUUGCCAUGUGUAUCGUUUAAUUUCUUUGCACAUCAAUUAUGUUUGUUAGAAAUUCUGAAAUUAGGCAUUGAUGACUUAUUGGCUGAUUUUGUUUGUGAUCCUAUGCUAGCCUUCUACUGUCAAUCUAUUGUUUUGUGUUUAGUUGCAGAAUUUUUUGACUGCACACACAUUUAUUGACAGCAUAUGGGACUGUAAAGUAGGGAUAUGUAAGGAUGCACAAUUUCAGCCUUCGCAUCGGUUGAUAGUGGCCUAAAGAAAUGUGUAGGAUGAUAAUAUCAUAGCCAAUAUUUUGUCCAGAUAUUUCAGUGUUAAAUCUGAGCCACUAAUAUUUUAUCGGUAUUGGACGAAUGUUUAUGUGCAUCGCUAUGGCUAUACUGAGUAUACAAAGCAUUAAGAACACCUGGUCUUUCCAUGACCUAGACUGACCUGGUGAAAACACUUAUCGUUAAAUCCACUUCAGUGUAGAUGAAGGGGAGGAGACAGGUUAAAGAAGGAUGUUUAAGCCUUGAUACAAUUGAGACAUGGAUUGUGUAUGUGUGCCAUUCAGAGGGUCAAUGGGCAAGACAAAAUAUUUAAGUGCCUUUGAAUGGGGAAUGGUAGUAGGUGCCAGGUGCACCGGUUUGUCAUUUUGUAUGAAGAAUGGUCCACCACCCAAAGGACAUCCAGCCAACUUGACACAACUGUGGGAAGCAUUGGAGUCAAGGGCCAGCAUCCCUGUGGAACACUUUUGACACCUUGUAGAGUCCAUGCCCCGAAGAAUUGAGGCUGUUCUGAGGGCAAACGGGGGGGGGGGGGGGGGGUAACUCAAUAUUAGGAAGGUGUUCCUAAUGUUUGGUAUACUGUGUGUGUUAUUUAUUUACAUAUAUAUAUACUACCAGUCAAAAGUUUGGACACCUACUCAUUCAAGGGUUUUUCUUUAUUUGUACAAAACAUUUUUGUACAUUGUAGCAUAAUAGUGAAGACAUCAAAACAAUGAAAUAACACAUGGAAUCGUAGUAACUAAAAAAGUGUUAAACAAAUCAAACUUUUUUUAUUUGAGUUUCUUCAAAUAGCCAUCCUUUGCCUUGAUGAAAGCUUUGCACACUCUUGGCAUUCUCUCAACCAGCUUCAUGAGGUAGUCACCUGGAAUGCGUUUCAAUUAAAAGGUGUGCCGCCUUAAAAGUUAAUUUGUGGAAUUUCUUAUCUUAAUGUGUUUUACCUAAUCAGUUGUGUUGUGACAAGGUAUACAGAAGAUGGCUCUAUUUGGUAAAAGACCAAGUCCAUAAUAUAGCAAGAACAGCUCAAAUAAGCAAAGAGAAACGGCAGUCCAUCAUUACUUUUUAAGACAUGAAGGUCAGUCAAUCCGGAACAUUUCAAGAACUUUGAAAGUUUCUUCAAGUGCAGUCUCAAAAACCAUCAAGCUCCUAUGAUGAAACUAGCUCUCAUGAGGACUGCCACAGGAAUGGAAGACCCAGAGUUACCUCUGCAGGGGAUAAGUUCAUUAGAGUUACCAGCCUCAGAAAUUGCAGCCCAAAUAAAUGCUUCACAGAGUUCAAGUCACAGAAACAUUUCAACAUCAACUGUUCAGAGGAGACUGUGUGAAUCAGGCCUUCAUGGUCGAAUUGCUGCAAAGAAACCACUACUAACGGACACAAAUAAGAAGAAGAGACGUGCUUGGGCCAAGAAACACGAGCAAUGGACAUUUGACUGGCGGAAAUUUGUCCUUUGGUCUGGAGUCCAAAUUGGAGAUUUUUGGCCGUGUCUUUGUGAGACGUGGUGUGGGUGAACGGAUGAUCUCGGCAUGUGUAGUUCCCACCGUAAAGCAUGGAGGAGGAGGUGUUAUGGUGUGGGGGUGCUUUGCUGGUGACAAUGUCUGAUUUUAUUUAGAAUUCAAGGCACACUUAACCAGCAUGGCUACCACAGCAUUCUGCAGCGAUACGCCAUCCCGUCUGGUUUGGGCUUAGUGGAACUAUCUUUUUUUUUUUUCAACAGGACAAUGACCCAACACACAUCCCAGGCUGUGUAAGGGCUAUUUCAUAGUUGUGAUGUCUUCACUAUUAUUCUACAAUGUAGAAAAUAGUAAAAAUAAAGAACAAACCUUGAAUGAGUAGGUGUCCAAACUUUUGACUGGUACUGUGUGUGUGUGUGUGUGUAUCUAUCUAUCACACACACAAAUAUGUGGACACCCCUUCAAAUUAAUGGAUUUGGCUAUUUCAGCCACACCUAUUGCUGACAGGUGUAUAAAAUCGAGCACACAGCCAUGCAAUCUCCAUAGACCUACAUUGGCAGUAGAAUGGCCUUACUGAAGAGCUCGGGGACUUUCAACGUGGCACCGUCAUAGGAUGUCACCUUUCCAACAAAUCAGUUCGUCAAAGUUCUGGCCUGCUAGAGCUUCCCCGGUCAACUGUAAGUGCUGUUAUUGUGAAGUGGAAAUGUCUAGGAGCAACAACUGCUCAGCCGUGAAGUGGUAGGCCACACAAGCUCACAGAACGGGACCGCCAAGUGCUGUAGCGCGUAAAAAUUGUCUGUCCUCGGUUGCAACACUCACUACCGCGUUCCAAACUGCCACAGGAAGGAAAAUUUGAUUUGAUUAAUACCAAGCGUCAUGUCUGGAGGAAACCUGGCAUCAUCCUUACGAUGAAGCAUGGUGGUGGCAGCAUCAUGCUGUGGGAAUGUUUUUCAGCGGCAGGGACUGGGAGACCAGUCUGGAUCGAGGGAAAGAUGAACGGAGCAAAGUAGAGAGAGAUCCUUGAUGAAAACUGCUCCUGUGUGCUCAGGACCUCAGACUGGGGCAAAGGUUCACCUUCUAAAAGGACAACGACCCUAAGCACACAGCCAAGACAAUGCAGGAGUGGCUUCGGGACAAGUCUCUGAAUGUCCUUGAGUGGCCCAGCCAGAGCCUGGACUUGAACCCUAUCGAAUAUCUCUGGAGAGACCUAAAAAUGGCUGUGCGGUGACGCUCCCCAUCCAACCUGACAGAGCUUGAGAGGAUCUGCAGAGAAAAAUGGGAGAAACUCCCCAAAUACAAGUGUGCCAAGCUUGUAGCGUCAUACCCAAGAAGACUCGAGGCUGUAAUCGCAGCCAAAUGUGCUUCAAGAAAGCACUGAGUAAAGGGUCUGAAUACUUAUGUAAAUGUGAUAUUUCAGUGUUUGUAUUUUUAAUAAAUUUGCAAAAUUAAUAAAUUUGCUUUGUCAUUAUGGGGUAUUGUGUGUAGAUUGAUUGAUUUAAAAAAUAUAUUUUUUAAUCCAUUUUAGAAUAAGGCUGUAACGUAACAAAGUGGAAAAAGUCAAGGGGCGCUGUGUGUUCAUGCUGAUCAUAACCCUGUGUAUCUUCUGGCUUAUAGUUACUCUCUUUUUCCUUUCAUCAACCCCUCUCUCUCAUCCUUUCCCUCUCCAUGUAUCCAUCUCUCUCUCCACAGCUUACCAAACUCCACCAGCUGGCCAUGCAGCAGAGCCCUUUCCCCAUCGCUCCCAACAACCAGGGUUUCCAGGGUAGGUCAACCGAGGAAGAAUGGAGACAAGAAGCAUUUGAUUAUUUGUUUGUACGUUGCAUUGUUUGCAAUAUUUGCUUUGUAGACACUGACUUGUGUUUUCUCGCUUUAGCUGGGAUGGAUACUUCUGCACAAACUGGCUCCCAUGAGCUGACCAUUCCAAACGAUGUAAGUGUCCCCGUCCACUCUGGAAUUCUCUUCCUUACUUGUUCUAGAUGCUUCAGCCAAAGUUUCAUGUAAAUCAUUCAGGAAUUUGUUUAGUGUUAGUUGUAGUAUACUUGUCUUAUCUGGGUUUUUAGUUUUAACAUGUUUCAAUGGAACUUCCAUUUAUCUCCUGAGAAGAUCGGUUGAAAUGUCUUAUAUUCUCUGACACUUUCUCUCUUGCCUUCCUUGGCCUCAGUUGAUUGGCUGCAUCAUUGGCCGUCAGGGGGCUAAGAUCAAUGAGAUCCGUCAGAUGUCCGGGGCUCAGAUCAAGAUCGCCAACCAAGUGGAGGGCUCUUCUGACAGGCAAGUGACCAUCACCGGCUCCCCUGCCAGCAUCAGCCUGGCUGAGUACCUGAUCAACGCCAGGUAAGGGACAACCCGUUGGAACUACUGAUAUGUCAAGUCAUGGUUCAGAAUAAGAGGACUAUUAUGACUAGGAAAUCAAAGCGACUUGUUUUGAUUCACCUCUUGUUUGUUAUGUUGCUGUAGGCUGUCCUCUGAAGCUACUGGACUGGCAGCCAACUGA